CUAUCAAUAAUAUAUUGUUGGCGGAGAGGAUUUUUCUACGUUUAAAUAUUGAAAAAAUUGGACUUUGUGCACGAUUCUGUAAAAUAUGCAGAGUACUUUUGACGAUUGCACGGCAAAUCAAUAUCACAAAUAGAGGAGGAAAAAGGAAUCUUGUGUAUAUUCUCUCCUUUCGCCUAUAGGAGGAAAAUUGAUUUUACGUUGUCGUGUGAUUUAGACGGCAGAAAUAAUAUAUGUAUAUCGUACUCUGCUGAACAUCCAUUGAUGUAGGUACUAUGUACUGCUGAAGUUUAGCCCUUUUCGUUGCCUACAAGUGAAUUUUUCAACAUAAGUAAAACGAAAUGUAGAGAUAAAGAGGUGUGCAGUCUCUAAGCUGAAUCGUCUGAAGUAAGAGAGAAUAUUUUUUUGGUGUUGUGAAGACACACAGUGAAAACAAAGGUUCUAUCGCCCAAGUGAAAAGUGUAAUUUCCAGUUGAGGAGAAGCUCUCCAUUGAAACACAAGAAUCAUGAUUGAUCAAUUAGUGAAGAUAAAAUUAAUAAGUGUUCAUCUCAUUGUGAUUUCCAUCAUACUUCCGUCAGUGUUUGGUAUUAUCGACAGGCUCGUAGUGCAAACGAGCACGGGUCCGAUUAGGGGACGUUCUGUGCAUGUACAGAAUCGCGAAGUGCAUGUUUUCCAUGGAGUUCCGUACGCUAAGCCGCCCGUGGACAACUUGAGGUUCCGCAAGCCAGUUCCUGUGGAGCCCUGGCACGGUGUCCUUGACGCCACCCGACUGCCGUACUCCUGCAUCCAAGAGCGAUAUGAAUACUUCUCUGGCUUUCCGGGCGAGGAGAUGUGGAAUCCCAACACCAACAUCUCCGAGGACUGCUUGUAUUUGAAUGUUUGGGUGCCGGUGAAGGGGCGGGUUCGUCACAAUCACUUCCAGAGCCACGAGACAACAUCCACGGAGCGCAAUGAGCACCACCAUCACAACAAGUCUGGGGCACUGCCCAUGCUCGUGUGGAUCUACGGCGGGGGCUACAUGAGUGGCACCUCCACGCUGGACAUCUACAAUGCCGAAAUGCUGGCCGCCAUGGGAAAUGUGAUUGUGGCUUCGAUGCAGUAUCGCGUUGGUGCUUUCGGCUUCCUCUAUCUAUCUCCCGAUGAGUUCCCCUAUCCGGAUGCUGCGCCCGGCAAUCAAGGGAUGUGGGAUCAGGCGUUGGCCAUCAGAUGGCUGAAGGACAAUGCAAGAGCUUUUGGUGGUGAUCCUGAUUUAAUAACGCUGUUCGGAGAAUCGGCGGGCGGAGGAGCUGUUAGCCUGCAUCUUUUGUCACCUGUGACCCAAGGUCUGGUCAAGCGAGGCAUCUUGCAGUCCGGAACUCUAAAUGCUCCCUGGAGUCAUAUGACUGGCGAGCGGGCGACGAAAAUUGGAAAGGCUCUCAUUGAUGACUGCAAUUGCAACUCGUCUCUACUUCAGGAUUCACCCGUGCUCGUGAUGGAGUGCAUGCAGAACGUUGACGCGAAAACCAUCUCGGUGCAGCAGUGGAACUCAUACUCUGGCAUUUUGGGCUUUCCUUCUGCACCCACAAUUGACGGUGAAUUCAUGCCCUACGAUCCUGCCAUUAUGCUGCAGAGGGCCGACCUCACGGGAAUUGAUAUUCUCGUCGGCAGCAACAAGGAUGAGGGCACUUACUUUCUGCUGUAUGACUUUAUUGAUUACUUCUCGAAAGAUGUGGCAACUUCAUUGCCACGGGAAAAGUUUCUAGAGAUUAUGAAUACCAUCUUCAGUAAGAUUUCAGAGGCUGAGCGAGAGGCUAUAAUUUUUCAGUAUACGAGCUGGGAUAGUGGCAAUGAUAAUCAAAAUCAGCAGCAAGUUAGCAAAGCCGUUGGUGAUCACUUCUUCAUCUGUCCCACCAAUGAAUAUGCCGAAGGAUUUGCUCAACAAGGGGCUUCUGUGUACUAUUACUACUUUACCCACCGCACCAGCACUUCUCUAUGGGGUGAAUGGAUGGGUGUUUUGCAUGGUGAUGAAAUUGAAUAUAUCUUUGGACAGCCUCUGAACGUAUCGCUUCAGUAUCGUGAACGUGAACGUGCUCUCAGCACUCAAAUGUUGCGUGCUUUCACUGAAUUUGCUAGAACAGGAGUUCCCGAUUUGGGGGGUGAAACGUGGCCAUUAUACAGCAAAAAUAAUCCCCAAUACUACAUUUUCAAUGCUGAAGGGACUGAACAAGCGACAACGGAGAAGUUUGGACGUGGUCCAAUGUCUGCAUCUUGUGCUUUCUGGAACAAGUUCUUGCCGAAAGUUCGCAAUUGGGCCAAUUCGCACUUCUGUGAGAAUUCGAAUCCCGAGGAGAAUGCAAUUUCAUCCGCUGGAAGGCCUAUGAUAUUUUUCCUGGGCAUUAUUGGAGCAUUGGUGGUCAGAGCGAGUGAGCGCUUUUACAUGUGGUAACAAUGUUUGGGAGAGAAGAUUUUACUUAAAAACCAAAAAGAGAAUUUGUAGGUACUAAUAUUUUAAAGGGGGAGAUACGUAUAAUUUUUUAACAUUUGAAAGAAACGUUGAUUGUGACGAAGUACGAAGUUUUGAGAAGAGGUGCAAAGGAAUUAAUAGUGGAAUUUCUAUACAUAUCACUGAGACAUAUCACAAAAUAUCAAGUAUUUUAUAGGACAAUUUAAUGAGAGAGAAAAAUGCUAUUUAAGAGAAUGGAAUUAUUUUAGAUAAAAUGUACACGCGCACAAGUAGACAAAAGGUGAAAAAUGAGAUUGCACAUUUAUAAUUCUAAUAUACAGAAGGCAGAAAAUACAGAAUAUUAUAAGUAAGAGAGCAAGAAAAAAAAACUAGUGGAAAGAAUGCUUUAUGUUCCUAUGAAGAAAAACUAUUAUAUUGGAAUGUGAAAAAUUUUAGAAGCAUAUUUAUAGUAAUAUAUUUGUAUGGCAAAGUGUUUUUAUUUUCUAAGACAUUAAGAAACGUAUUUUAGAAUGAAGAAUAUAGUGUGAACACAAACCCAAAUUUACAGAUAUUCUGCUAUUUUGUUGUAUCUUUUUUCUAAUAUUGACUUUCUUUACCAGAAUAAAAUAUAAUAGAAAAACAAUUGCCAAAGAUGUAGAAGACAAAGCAAAAGCCUAAUGUGAGGACAUGAGAAAGAUAUUUAAAUGUAUUGAAUGAAGUAAUUUGUGACAGAUAAAUAAUGAUCAAACACUAUUUUUGUAUGCUUGUGGCUUUAAAUAUCAUAAAUGAUAAUAACACAGUCUAAUAAUGAUUAAGCAUGUUGAUUGAAAUGAGAAUCUUUGAAAGAUAUUUUGUAAACGGCAAAUUUUGAGGAAAUAUUCACUGUUUGCAGUUGAUCCUUAGUGGGUGAGAAGAAUUAGUCCGGUGCGAAAGGUGAAUUCAGGAGCCACAUUUCUGCAUAUCAUGUCAUAUUGUUUCGAUUGUCAAGUAUUUGGACACAUUUGUGCGUCCUGCUCAAAGGUGAAAAGUGCAAGAUUUGUAGUUUCACUCAUCAUUGACAUAUUUGUAAGACAGAUUAGGAUGCAAUAAGUACUUCUGACUUGAGCCUAAGUAACACCUUUCGCACUGUUUAGUGAUGAAAUGAUCACAAAAUAUAGAGACGACGCAAAAUCUCUCCUAAGAGAGUGUAAUUGAUAGUCAAUUUAGUAUUUGUAAAAAGGAAUUUCGCAUAGGGCACCAAAGAGAACUAUGAAUAAUCCCCAACCAAGAAGAUAAUCUAUUCUAAUGGAUUUGCUACAUAGUGUGAUCAUCAAGUAGAAGUUUUCACUUUGGAUUCAUAGACCAGUUUCUGUUAAUCGAAAUUGCUCAAUUUAAUACUCUCCUUUCGGUUUCUCACAAAUUUACCAUCUUUUGCAUUGAGACACGCGAAAUAGAGGAGCAGUUUCGAAAAUUCACAUCUGAAGCAGUUUUCGUAGGUUUCACGGUGAAGGCAAAAAAGGAAACGCAAGUCAUGGAAAAAUUGUGUGCGGUUGAGAGGUGAAAAGAAAUUACGAAAUUUGGCACAAAAGCGCUGUACACAUUUUAAAAAAUAUACAUUACAUGAAGAAUAUUUAUCAGUGUGAAGUAGGUGUAUUUUGAAGGAAAGAUGAAAAAUCGUAUGAUCAAUUUUUGUAAUACUUUUUGGAGUCACAAUUUCUAUACAAGAAAAAAUUUACCUCUUAUGAUACUUUUGCAUUUUUCUAUACCUUAGAUAUAGUGAGAAUGACAUUGAAUUGGACAUAAAUUGUGUUUGUAAGAAGCACUAUAUCUAUGUCCGUAUAUUUACGUGACAAAUUUAUAAUAAUCACAUGAGAAGAAUUGGUCAGUAACGGAAAAAAUGACAUUAGGCGUAAAAAUUUUCAUUUUCUAGAUAAGCACUUGAGACUAUUUAUUUAGAAGACAAUGGAAUACAUAUCGCAAAAAGCAUAUAAAGUAUAUAAACAUAUCUGUAGUCUCUUGACGAGUUUUAUAGCCAGCAUUAAAGACAGAUAUUAAUAAAAAUCAAUACUCUCAAAUAACACAUAUCAAUAUAGAUGAGACAAAGACGUUUUUUUUUUGGUGUAAUAAAGUAAGAACUUUAAAGUGAAAAAAUAAAAAGUAUUGAAUAUAAGACGCUGGAGAAUUAGGGUUUAAUGAAAACUACUUACGUGGUAAGAAAAUUAUUGGAUAAAAAUAUAUGAAUGUGUUACAGAAGCCUCAAAUUUGUGCUUUAGAUGGUGAUCUUUAAGAGGAAGCCAUAUAAAAUCUACUCUCACGAAUGCUAAAUAUAGUUCUGCAGAGCACAGACAAUCUAAGAGAUGAAGUAAAAAAUUAAAAUGGUAGUUUAUAAUAAAACUUAAGGGCUAAUUUAUAUUAAAUAACCACAAAAAAUAGAGAAUAUUUAUUCACAUGAGGUGAAAAUGCUUAAGAAGAGAGUCCACUGCAUUUUCACCCUCAACUCGUAAGUUAGUUCCAUCCGAGUCGAGUUGUGAAGGUGUGACUCCAUUCACAAAACCAUUUGCCUCUUUGCAAACACUUAUAAAAACGUUUUAAUCUAGCAGGAUACAAUUGAACGUGAUUUUUUGGUGACUAGAAGGAUGCAAAAUAAUAUUUUUGAAGAAGAAAAAAAAAACUUACUUUGUGUGAAACAUAUCAAGAGAAAAGUCUUUUAGACGAAAAAGCAUAAUUAUUAUAUUGUCCAUGUUGUGCAAAACAAACCAGAGUUUAAUAAAAGUAUGGUAGUUAAAUAAAGUCAGAGCCAAUUG